GUGCGUGAGAGAGAGAGAGAGAGAGAGAGAGAGAGAGAGAGAGCAUCCUCUGCUCCCGGACGUUGGAAGCGCUCACUCUCUGAGGCGGCAGGGAGGAUGGAGGCAGCAGCAGCAGCAGGAUGAAAGUGACGGGGUAUUUUCGGAGGAGACUGCCUCCUGGCUGUGAGUAUCUAGCAGCCUCUGGAGGUCCAGCAUCUGUAAACCGGAGGGAGGGUGUCACAGUUUUGUCGAGACCUGAGGAUUAUUAUUAUUAUUAUUAUGGACCAGUGCAGUAACGGCUCGAAGACUCGACCUGGACUCUUCGUUCGUGCUCUUAUUAUCUUUAUUUACUACAGCUAACACACACUAUGUCACUGUUGGACGUCUUACUAUGAAAUGUUGAAUGCAGCGCUCUUUGGACGCAAAGGAUACAAUUCUUGGAGCGUCGUUGUGUUGCUGUUGUACACAAACGUGUGAGGCGAACAGCCCCUGCGUGUGUGGGUAGUUUCUCAGACAGUUUGAUGAUGAGACAAUAUUUGACCAUCACCGUUAUUUGUCGUGCUAUACGCUCCAUUGCGCAUGCCUGGUGGCGGAUACACAAAGCUGGCCGACGCCACUUUAGCUGUGUCCUGGCAGUGAUGAUGUAGGAGCAAAGAAAAGUACACGGGAGCGGAGGACUGAGCAGAGACAUGCGUCGGCAAAGUGACAGCGCGCCGAGCAAAGGAUUCGAUCCCCCGAGAUCCUUCAUGAAAUAAAGACUGUGCCAUCGAAUGAAGGAUGUCAGGGACAGCUAAUGCAGAGGCUGAAGGAGUAGUCUCCAAAGUGCAAGUGAAAAAGGAGAUCAAGACAAUCGUGGAGAACCUGGAGACCAUCCUGGGAGACCUCAAAGAUGUAGCCAAAGAGCUCAAAGAGGUUGUCCAUGAGAUUGACACCCUGACCGGUGACCUGCAACUGGAGGAGGAUGGACUGACAGACAGCUCCAAGACGGACACACUCAACUCCAGCUCGAGCGCCACCUCCACCACUACCACCGCGUCCAGCCUGGAGAAGAUGAAGCUCUUCCCGGAUGACUGCAUCUUUAAAACACCUACGUCCAUCAUCCCGCUCCCUGUCAACCCUUCUGCAGUACUGACUGUCCUCAAGAAAUCCCACCCGCCCUUACCACCACCAAGACUUCCCCCGCUGAGAGCCGAGGAGCACAACAUUAAGAAUCUGCCUCAUCCAACAUUAGUGUUAUCAGGGAACAUAUCCAAGGCUAACGGGUCUCUGUUGAGGAAUGGCGGGGUUUUCCCAUUGAAAGUAAACAGGUAUUUAUUCUCCUCGACGCCAUGUUUCAUUUCUGGUGACAGUGGGGUCUCCGAGUCUGGGCUUGUUCCCACAUUGCCCAGGCCCAUGCCCCUACUCCGUCAUGAAAAGAACAAAUGUCCUAAGGCUCCUGGUCGGGAGCCUCGAGAGAGGGAGCGUGUCCGUUUCAGCGAGAAGGUCCAGUUUCACGGCUACUGCCCAGACUGUGACCUCCAGUAUGAUGUCGACAACACAGAGCUACACCUGCAGGCCGAACUGAAUGACUUGAGGCUCAGCCCAGUACAUUGCUGCUCUUCCUCCUCCCCUCCUCCACCACAUACUCUUCCUCAUGAUCUCAUGUUGGAAAACGGCAGCCUCUCACUCAGCCAUAGUUUCCCCCCGACAGCAAACACUCCUCCGCCUUGUGUGCCUCCUCACCCGCCUUCCCUCAAGCCCCAGAAAACAAUCCUACGCAAAUCAACCACGACCACAGUUUGACACUGAGUCCCUUCUUCUGUCUCCCUUAAACAUUCUUGAAUCAUUCAUAGUGUUUUCUACUUAAAGAGUGCUUUCUACUCCAGUUGAACUUUGGAUUAUCCAAACAGAAGGAAGGGUCGGUAAAUAGGGAAAUAAAUGGAUGGAUAAAGCGAGUGGAAUAGAGGAGAAGGCGCUGUCAAGGGCGCUGAGACGUACACAGAGAGAUUGGGAAGAAGAGGGCCCAUUAAAGGAGUGGAAAGAAUGCAUGUUUUAUACACUGAUCAACCACGGUGGAUCAGGGAGGAAGGAGCCGGUGCUGAGGCCAAGCGUCAACCUUCUGUUACAGAAACAGCUCAUGGGAUCAACAGGGGACAAGCUCUACUGGACAAAUUCCUACCUUAGAGCACUCAACAUCCUACAGGCUCAUGUUACUGUGAUGGCAGACUCACACGUACGUGUCACUUUAAUGUCUUGAUGUUGGGGCGGCCAAGGUUAGCAGAGCAGUGUCUGUCACGGCCAACUACGUAUAGCGAGAGUGUGGCGAUGUGAUGUCUGCCAUGUCGGCCUUUGUUGGGCGCAAUUUGUCUGACAAAAAAACAUCAGCAACGGGGGGAGAACAACCUUGUCCAAGAGCUCCUUUGAGCCGUGAAAUGUUUGAGCUAAACGCGUAUAAGUGAUUUGAUUAUUUAAUGCCAGUGCUUGUAUAUUUCCGCAGUGUGUUCUGAUUGGGUGAAGCUUGCACUGAGACUUGGAAAGUCAAGACUAUUCACCUGCAACCUGUAGCACUCACGACGGGCCCCUUGUGACAGUUAGGGUUAGGGGAAGGAUCAACGGGUAAUAAAAGGGGUGUGCCGUGAGCGCUACAGGCUGCAGCCUGACCCUUCUCCAGAAAGACAAAUUAAUAAUAAACAAAUGAGUCCUUUAUCAGUCCCACAGGGGAAAUUCCUUCUCUGCAUUUAACCCAUCCUCUAUAUACCGUCCUAGAAUUAGGAGAAGCGGGCAGCCACUGAGCAGCACCCGGGGAGCAAUGGGGGUUGGGUACCUU